AUGCCGAAGCGUAAGCGUAAGGACGACGAUGACAGUGAAUAUCUACGGGAAAAAGUGCGAAAAUUGGAAAAAUCACUAAGAAAACGGAAAAGAAAUUCCCGUUCACGCCACCGCCGUCGUACCAGGGUAGGUUCUUCCAGCAGCAGUGAGGGGGGCCCACCGCGGCCCUCACCUCCGCGUUCAUCACCGCCACGGGCCGCGCCACCGCGGUCCCCGCCGCCGCGCCCCCGGCUGGGGUCGCAGCGCCCCUCGCCGCCGCCGCCGCCGCCGCCGCCGCCGCCGCGCAGGAGCGAGUCGCCCGAGCCCGGGGACGAGUGGGAGUACGACCCCGGAUCACCGGUCGAGUGUCCCAGCAGCGGCCCACAGGAUGAGCUCGAGACGACAAACACAGAGGGCGCUCCAAAAGAUGUCCCAGUGGCAGGCCCAUCCCGCAUAGACCGACCGGCCAGUGCCGCGCCGAGUGCCGCGCCCGCCGGGCAGCCGCCGCCGCCGCCGCCGCUGGAGGGAGAGGACGACGUGGUCGUUCUGGACGACGAGAUGCUCGAGCUGCUCGGCCAAGCACCGUGUAAAGACAUAAAAUAUGGCCCAAAAAUUCAGAGGGACCUCGCACUACGAUGGGAGUUUGUGGCCACAACGGGGCUGACAAAGGAGGAGCGUAAGGAGCUUCUCGACAGACAUCUAGUUCCAGAAAAUUGCCAAAAAAUAGAUGCACCGCUUUUGAAUGCAGAAAUCAAGGCAGCCUUGUUAGACAAUCCUAUCAAGAAAGACAAGGCCAUUGAAAAUAAGCAAGGUCGUAUCAGCGCCGCAAUAUCAUGCAUAGGGGAGGCUCUUACAAAAAUAUUUGCUCAGAGUAAUAAAGAUACGUCGGUGGUAAAAUUACUUAUCGAAGCUGGGCGCCUUGUGUGUGAUCUACAGCAUACCGAGUCAAUGAAUAGACGUAGUUUCAUAUGUUCCGGUAUUAAGAAAGAAAUUAAGGAUCACAUAUACGAAACUGACAUCGACAGAUAUCUAUUUGGCGAAAAACUCGCACAAACCCUUAUUUCUGCCAAGGCGAUCACCAAGUCGGGAUCUGAAAUAAAAAUAAGUUCGGCAAAGAAUAAUUCUUCUGCUUCGAGGUCAAAGUUUCCACGUCCUUUAAACUCGAAGCCCCCACUCCCGUACAACGCGGGUGCGGCAGUGGGCCGCUGGCAGCAGGGAGCGCCGCGCCAGCCGGCGCACGCGCCCCCUCGGCGCCGCCCCCCGCCCCCCGCGCAGACAUCGCGGGCACCGCCGCCGCCGCCGCCGCUGCCACCGCAGCAGCGCUCACAGUACCGCGCUCCACAGCGGCGCCAGUAGAUACGGUAUGUGGAAGACUUCGCUCGUUUUAUAAUCAGUGGAAAAUUAUAACCAAUGACCCUGUAAUUCUAUCCUGGGUUCGGGGGUACCAAAUACCGUUUACGGAACCUCCUAUUCAGUCGCACAAACCGGGAAGCCCAUUUUGUUCGCCGUCUGAUAUUAUUGAAUAUAAUAAGGCCAUUAAUGACUUAUUAGCAAAAGGGGCAAUAUCCGAAUGCGUACCGGUAGAAGGCCAAUAUCUUUCUAGUUUUUUUCUGACCGAAAAACAAAAUGGCAGUAAAAGAUUUAUACUAAACCUAAAAUCACUAAAUAAAUAUGUGUCAACACAACACUUUAAGUUAGAAGACCUAAGAACAACACUAAAAUUAAUUACGCGGGAUUCAUUCAUGGCGUCGCUAGAUUUAAAAGACGCAUAUUUUUUAGUACGGGUCUCCAAAUUACACAGAAUCUAUUUGCGCUUUCAGUGGCAACAACGAACAUACGAGUUUAAUGUAC